AUCAUGUGACAUGAAAACCAUAAAACAGGAAAUGAUAGAGGACCCCUGUAGACAUGUGAAAACAAAUAUGACAUUUUUAAAGUCAUUUAAUCAAAACCUUUGUUUUAAAGUUGUUUUUUUGCUAUCUUGAACACUUAUGUUUGUCACUGACCCAAAUAUAGCGGAGGCUAGUUGCCAUAAUUUUACUUCAGUUAAUAUAUCUUAGCACAUAAAUCAAAGUCUAUUGAGCACUACUAGCGUAGACCAAGUCGAGAUCAAGACCAGUAUGUGCUGAGACCAAGACCAAGGCAGGGCGAGAACGAGUCGAGACUAAAACCAGAUCACUCCAAUUUAUCUGAAAGAUCCACAUUUACUGCCUGAGAAAUGUCUUAUUUUUAAUCAAUAAAUAGCUACAAUUAGAAUAAUAAGACACUAUAUAGAGCUGUUAACAAUCAAAUUAAAUCACUGACAACAAAAUUCAUCGUUGCACUGCAGAGGAGGCACAGAAACUGCAUCUGAAUUGGUAACAUUAUGUCUAAACAAAGUUCUGUUUAUUAAAUGUUUGUAUAAAAUUGAUAUCACAUUUGCAUUUGUGCUCAAAUUUGUGAAAACAGCUCUCUUGCUCUUGUUAUAUUGCUUUUUAUAAUAAUUAUAUCAUAUAAAAAUCCAGAUCUCAUACAAGUACUUUUUUUGCAACAAUAUCUUGAAUUUUGUGGCCAUUUGUUUUAAUCCCUCAUUAAUUUCUUACCCGGUAUUAGAAAUAAGUUAUUGAUUGCAUCUGAAGCAAGAAGUUUUUAUAUCUUUUAUAUUAUAUAAAAUCCCAAGUCCUCUUCUGAGACCAAGACAAGAUCGAGUACAAAUGUGGUUGAGAGAUAGAGAAGACCAAGACCUUCAAAAAAUGGUCUUAAGACCAGUCUCAAGUACUACAACACAAAGCACAAAAAGCUAUUGAACAUUUCUGCCAGUUCAUUUACAGGUCAUUAACACAUGCUGAUCUGUUGUGCUCCAUCUUUGUGUCACACUAUAUGGGAUAAAAUGUCAGAAAUUCACUAUUAAAAUGCAUAUUCAGCAACGGUUAAAUAGUAAACCAGUUAUAUAAUAAAAAUAAAGGAUACCAUUGUUUUUGCAGAGAAAUAUUUAAAUUAAAACAUGUGACAACUUGCCCCUUGUCCUGAGAACACAGUUCAGCCUAUUUUAUAGAUGUCUAAAUGAAGUGUGGUUUUAUUGUUCACUUCUCACUCAAUAGAUAUUACAAAAAUAAGUUGAUGUUGAAAUUUAAAUAAUUUAAAAAAUGAAUCAGUUUUGAAACCGACAUGCAAAAUGUUAGACUCAAAACUGUAUAGUUAUGUCUCUGCUACAUAAAGGUUCUUUAUUGGUAUUGAUGGAACUUUUAACAUCCAUAGAAUCUUUCAAUUCCACAAAAGGUUCUUUAUAGAGAAAAAAGGUUAUUUAGAUCAUUAAAAUGUUCUUUACUCUAAGAAUAGAAAUAGUUCUUUCUUUAAGAAAGGUUCUUUGUGGAACCAAAAUGGCAUCUCUGUAAAAAGUCCCCUUUUGGAACCUAAAUCCUAAAGAGUGUCCAUCUUCAGUGGGUGAAAUUGUCUUUCUGAGCCCACGUGAUAUCCUACUGUCAUCUGAAGUGUACAGUUGACUCUGCCGUGAAGCGUCCAACCCCUGUCGACGAGCUGAAGCAGUGAGGUGAAGGAGCAGAACUCUGCUUUCUAGACAGACACACACUGAAGCGCAACUGUGCGCUCGGGCACUUCGCUCUCUGAGCGCGCAGAAGCAGCAGCAGCAGCAGCACGUCCACGGAAGCGCAGAGGACACACGCGUAACUGAUGGAGCAGAUAUAUGACGGACUGCUCAGCAUCUACCACGGAAUAAAGAGAGAGUGCGAGACCACCAUGCGCCUGGAGGAACCGCGCGCUCUGCCAUGCUGAGCAUCUCCCUCACUCUCCUACUGGCUCUGACCGCUACCGCCCGCUGCUCCAACAGCUGGAGCGACGAGGACCUGCUGCUGCCGCCCAUCAACUCCUCCGGCAGAUUCCUGGCCAGCCUGGAAGUGGAUGUGGGCUACUCGAAGAGAUCCGUGGAGGAGCCCGAAGCCUCCUCGCAGUGCAACGUGAGCGUGGAAAGACUCCCCACCAAACUCGUGGCGCGCUGGGACAGCAACUUCGGCUUCCAGUGCGACGUGCUCAUGUACACCACCAACAACCACGGCAAGGCGUUCUUCUCUGCCGCCUUCAACCGCGCGAUCUCGCCGGUGUACAUCGAGCACCUAGGCGUCACGGGCGGCCAGCAGGAGUUCCGCCUGUGCGUCGGAUGCGGUCUGUCCAGGUAUCGGAGAUUCAGACGGGGCAGGUCAGAGGGUCAGCAGACGGGCGACUCCGUGCAUUUCUGCUGCGUGGAUUUCGCUCUGGACGAGCUGAAGGGGGACCGGAGCUGGAGGCUCAACCGCAAACCCAUCGAAUCCACUCUGGUGGCUUGUUUCAUGACUUUAGUCAUCAUAAUAUGGAGCGUCGCUGCCCUCAUAUGGCCAGUUCCCAUUAUCGCGGGAUUUCUGCCCAAUGGAAUGGAGCAGAGAAGGCCGAGGUAAUAGAAUAGAAAUUAGCACCUUUAUCUACAAUAAAGGAGUUCCUAAAUCGCCAAACAUCUUAUGCUUAGUGGCAAAACAUGUAAUAUAUUUGCUUAAACAGUACUAUUCUCGUGUUUGAAAUGGCUAUUAGACCUACAUCUCCUGGAUGGACUGAGAUAUUUUACUAGAUUUGCUUUUAUAAAUUGAUUGUAAUAGAAAUACAUUAUAAAUGUGAUUCUCAGAUGUAAUUUCAAAUGUUUGUAAUGUUUUUAUCUUAAAAUUCCUGACUGAUUUCAAGUGUUUAUAGCGUUUGAAUAAAAUAUGGAGUGUGUCUCAGGAAAAACAAAGCUCUUUACAAUGUGUGUAAAUGCAUUUUGCGACUCUAGUUAGUUGGUAAAUUAAUACGAAAACACAUGCAGAGAUAUUCCAGUUACGCUCGUAAAAAUAAAGGCUCUUUGUUGGAAUUGAUGGUCCCAUGAAGAACCUUUAACAUUCCAUUCCACAAAUGGUUCAUAGGAGAAAAAUGCUUUAUAGAUUAUUAUAAUGUUCUUAACAUGAGUUUUGUUUGUUCACUGAAAGGUUCGUUGAGGAACCCAAAACGGUUCUUUUAUAGCAUCAUUCUGAGAAAAAAAAGAACCUUUAUUUUUAAGUGUUGCACUUUCAAAAGUUUGAGGACAGAUUUCUUGUGUUUGUAUUUAUUUGCAUAAAUAAUAAUAGGAUGUGAUUGAUAUUUCUUUAGUGUUGAAAACUCAACUAUAGCUUGAGCAACAAGGUGACAGGCAAUCCAUUUGUAAACAAUGAAGUGAACAAAUUUGUAUAAGGUUUAUACUUUGUAGAUCUGUCAUGAUUGUUAUUUGUAGUAUCAAUAAAUUCAUAAAAUAUU